GGAAAGAUCACUCUGCACUGAAGUACUACGAGUCCGAAAAGUCGAAGUCACACCGGUGCAACACUUCUAGCACUAGCGGAAGCGAUAAGGAAGCAAAUCAGUUGGGUAAACUGUAUGAUAUAAAUCGAAGGAAAAGUGUCGGCGAUCAUUCAUUCAGCUGGUAGAACCCCAAGAAGCACAAUGACCAAAGGAGUACUUCCAACAGCCGAGCAGGUUAAUGAGGUUAAGACACGGUUUCUCCAGAAACUAGAGUCGGAGCCGCCAGCAGAUGCCUUUCUUCCUGAGGAUCUGAAGCGCAUCACCGACAACGACUUGUGGAUCACAAAGCUGCUGGAGGCCUUUGACCUCGAUGUGGAGAAGACCCUUGCCCGACUUUGGGAAAACUUGGCUUGGCGCCAGAGCUACGGAGUAUAUAACAUUAACGAGAGCAAUGUGAACCAGGAAUAUCUGCACGACGGCUCGAUCUAUGCACACAACAAGGACAAGGAGGGCAAGCCUCUGCUCAUUCUCAGCCUGAAGAAGCACUCGAAGAGCAAGAACCUGGACGAUCUCCUGCGCCUUGUCGUAUUUUGGAUUGAGCGCAUUCACCGCGAGAACGACCUCGAAAAGAUAACCAUCUUCAUGGACAUGACUGGCUCUGGGCUGGGCAACAUGGACUUGGACUUUAUCAAGAGCAUCAUUAAUAUGUUUGAGGCCAACUAUCCUUACGUGCCCAACUAUAUCCUCGUGCACGAACUGCCCUUCCUGCUAAAUGCUGCCUUCAAACUUGUCAAGACCUUUCUGCCUGCCAAAGCCCUGGAGAUCCUGCGCGUCACCACCAAGAAGGAUAUCACCGAGUAUGUGGACAAGGACAACUGCCUGAAGCUGUGGGGCGGCAAUGACGAUUACGAGUACAAAUUCGAAUAGAAACAACCUCAAAUUUAAUCCCAAACUCACAUAAACCUCAAACUGUAUAAGAGAGUGUAAAUAAUACGAUAUUUAUUGCCUGAGAUACUAA